AGUGACCAUGGAAGAUUUCUAUGAUGUUAAGACAUCAAUCAUUGACGGUCGUUCAGUGAGCUUAUGUGGAAUAUUUGACGGUCAUGGCGGUUCUCGUGCUGCUGAGUAUUUGAAGGAUCGUCUAUUUGAAAAUCUCACGAAGCAUCCAAAGCUUUUGACGGAUACCAAAUUGGCUAUAAGUAAAACAUAUCAGCAGACCGAUGCUGAGUUUCUGGACUCCGUAAAAGAUAAUUUCUGGGACGAUGGUUCUACUGCUUCAACAGCUGUUUUGGUUGAUAACCAUCUUUAUGUUGCUAAUGUUGGAGACUCUAGAAAUGUAGUAUCAAAAGCUGGAUAAGCAAUUGCUUUCUCUGAGUAUCAUAAACCUAAUAGAAGUGACGAG